AUGGCACCGAAUAGAACACAACUUCAGAGUUUGGCUCAGAAACCUGAAGAAUCCUUCAAAGAAUAUGCACAUCGUUGGAGGGGCCUAGCUACCAGGGUCCAGCCUCCCAUGCUUAAGAAGGAAAUGGUUUAUAUGUUCAUGGGAACACUUCAGGGCCCAUACUAUAAGAAGCUAGUAGGGAGUACGUCAGCUGGGUUCUCUGAUCUGGUAGUUACUGGCGAAAGGAUUGAGAGCGGUGUAAAGGCUGGAAAAAUCCCGAGCCCUGCUAAUGUUUCCAAUGGGACGAAGAAACCCUUUAGUGGCUUACCCAAGAAAAAAGAGGGAGAAACCAACGUUGCGUCAACCUUCAAGGGGAAGGGUAAAGCUUACCGAACCCCAUAUUAUCAAGUCGCAGAAGUGACUCAUAACAACUAUCAACCACCGACAUACGCCAUUUCUGCUGCUCAACAACAAGCCCCUUGUCAGCCGCCUGUCCAGGAAGCCAGGCCUCCGCCGUCCCCACUCCCACCGGGCUACGACGCAAACGUACACUGUGAGUUCCACACUAGGGCACCCAGCCAUACUAUUGAUAAUUGUAAAGCAUUCCAGUAUAAAGUUCAAGAUCUCCUUGACUCAAAGGCCAUAUCAUUCGCGCCUACAGGGCCCAAUGUUAACAAUAAUCGGAUGCCUCCUCAAGCCGGACAUCCCGUGAACAUGAUUCAAGAGUCUGCUGUGGUCGACCAUAUCUCGAAGGUCGACAUGAUAAAGACUCCGUUACUGGAAGUGAAGGAAAAAUUUCUCUUAAGGAACAUGUUCCCUGGAUGCAUUGAUGACUGUGCACGAUGUGGGGAUACCCCACAAGGUUGUGAGAAGCUUAGAAAAGGUAUUCAAAUGCUGGUAGAUCAAGGCAUCUUCUUAGUAGAACCUUCCUCGGUAACCAACGAGGUGUCUACUCUGGAGAUACCCUACUAUCCAGUACAAACACCUGUUGAGAAUGCUCCCACAACACCCUUGGUAAUUACUGUACCGACUCCUUUCCCAUACGAAAGCACCAAGGCCGUCCCCUGGAACUAUAACUCCACAACCUAUCUGCAUGGGCGAAGACUCAAAGAGAGGACUGCCAAAGCUCAGAAGACUUUAGUAAGUCAUGUACCCUUUGAGGUUCCCAAGCCUGCUGAAUUACAAAAGCCAGUGGAAGUUCAAGAGCCAGUGGUAAACAUUACAGGCACUAGCGGCACGACCCGAAGCGGCCGCAUAUUCGCUGCACCACCACCACCACUUGAUAAAGAGAAUCUUGGGGCUAACACCAAGAGUAAGGAUAAGCAACCUGCCGAACCGGAGCAGGGGCAAACCCAAACUUAA